AUGGCGACUUCAACGGUUCCCGAGCCGACUAUUCAUAGCAUCUUCGAAGACAGAACAGGCACAUGGCAAUACGUGGUCGCGGAUCCCGUGACCAAAAAAGCCGCCCUCAUUGACGCAGUGCUGGAUUUCGACGCGGGCUCCAAAACCAUUAGCACAGUGACGGCCGACAACUUACUGGCGACCAUUUCACAUCACGGAUAUCAGGUGGACAAAAUCCUCGAGACACAUGCACACGCCGAUCACCUGACAGCAGCGUCUUACCUUCAGUACCGACUCGAGCAAAUCCAGGGUUUCCGGCCUCCCAUUUGCAUCGGCAAGCGCAUUGAAGAGGUCCAGCGGCGAUUUGCUGCCAAAUACAGCAUUCCAGCUGAUGAGUAUGAAGGGGUGUUUGACCGUCUUCUUGACGACGACGAGGAAUUUGCAUUGGGGCAGCUGACUGUCCGUGUCAUGCAUCUCCCCGGCCAUACGCCCGACCACAUUGGGUACCAGAUUGCUAAAAACGUGUUUUGUGGCGACUCGAUAUUCCACGCCGACAUUGGCACCGCGCGCUGCGACUUUCCGGGCGGCAGCGCAAGAGCCCUGUAUACGUCGGCGCAGAGACUGCUAAGUCUGCCGGAGGAUGUCAAGAUUUGGACGGGCCAUGACUAUCCGUCGUGCCCGGGGCGGUGCGAGCCCGUGCCCUGGCUGACCGUUGGCGAGCACCGGGAAAGGAAUAAGCAUGUUUCCAAGAAUGUAGCCGAGGCUGACUUUCUCGUGCUGCGACACGAGCGAGAUGCUGGACUCGCGGCGCCAAAAUUGCUGCAUCCUUCGUUGCAGAUUAACAUUCGCGCUGGCAGACUUCCUCGACUGACGCCUGGCGGUGAGCGCUUGAUGCCUUUUCCACUCCGACUGGCGUGUGAGGCAUGGUAG